AUGCCGGGACUGGGGGAGCCAGGUGGCAUGGACGAUCCGCUGAGGCAAGGACUUAGCGGAGCCGGCAACAGAUGGUACCUAAGGUAUCUCGAGCGGGGCCUAAAGCCGGAGGAGAAGAAAGAAAACCCCAAGGCAGUCCCCAAAAAGCCCAAGGGUAGGGGCGAGAGUCGUGCAGAGGUCGAGCAAGCACCGUCCCAGAGCACGAAGAGACCGCGGGUGUCUUACGCCAGUGCCACCAAAUCAGUGAAGGUGGGCAUCACGGCCGCUGACUACCCAAGUAGACUGCUGGCCAAGGAAGAAUUGACCAGCGUAGAGACGAUGCUGAUCAGGGAGUUGAGGAAAGGGUGGAUCACCAGCCUCAAUUUCAACAACAUCAGAUUCAGGCCUGGUCUGAUAAUAGUUGAAUGCCGGGACGACAAUACCAGGGACUGGCUGGUAUCCGUCGUUCCCAAGUUGACUGCGGUAGAAGGAGUGCAGCUCAAAACCUGUAUGGGGGAGCAGCUUCCGGAACUGGAGGUAGUCUCAGUUCACUUACCGCGGUCAUCAGGCGAAGAGGAGCAAACGUCCGUGGAUCUGUUGAAGAGUCAGAACUCUGACCUUCUCCCGGACACCUGGACGGUGCUCUAA